GCUAUUUAUCCUGCUCUUUUCCUUUCUCCGCCACCGUGGUGUGUUCUUGACUCCACUUCUCGCCAUGUCUUCUCACAAGACUUUCAGUAUUAAGCGAUUCCUGGCCAAGAAACAAAAGCAAAAUCAUCCCAUUCCCCAGUGGAUUUGGAUGAAAACUAGAAAUAAAAUCAGGUACAACUCCAAAAGGAGACAUUGGAGAAGAACCAAGCUGGGUCUAUAAGGAAUUGAACUUGAGAUGACAC